AUGUCAUCCACUCCUACCAAGUUGACAUUCUUGUCGCUUCCACGUGAGCUCAGAGAUGAGAUUUACGACCAAUUCAUUGUCGCUUCUGCAUUGCCUUGUUCACCCAACGGUAAAUCUCGCUACGAUAUAAAUGCCUUCAGAGGGAUCAAAGCAAUCGGCGCAGCGGUUCCUGAUUGCAUCGACGAAAUAAUUCAGCGUGUCUACGCCGCGAGAGGCGGUCUUGAGUUUCACUUCGAAAGCCUUUCACAGACGCGUGCCUUUCUCGCCGAUAAAAUCUGGUGCCCACGAUCGGCAAUCCAGAUGAUGCGCGGCGACGUCUCCGCACUGCUUGACGAUGAUGAAUCGUGGACGAAGAUGAUCCAGCUCGCCCUCUUCUGCAAUCAAGCCGGGCGGCUCUAUUUUAGGGGGGGGCGGUGGUGGGGCCCAGGUGGCAAGGGCAGUGAAUGCGAUGUUUUGGUGCCGGUGAAUGUUAUCAAUGUCGUUGGGGUUGCAGACAUGCUAGAAAACCCAUGUGAAGACGUGUUGGGCCUUAGGUUCAAAGUCAUAGGGAUUGACUGGGAGGUUAAAUUGAAUGUCCGCUUACUCGAACCACGCGUACGAAUAGAAGGCAGUAUCGGGAUGCUCGGCCUGUUGCAUGAUAAGCCAUAA